AUGGAUUGGUUUCAUUGCAAUCAGUGCUUCAGCCAAGAGAAAUCUGACUUUUUGGUUACUAGUUGUAGACACAUAUUUUGCAAAGAAUGUGCUGGUACAGAUAAAUGCCCUUCUUGUGGAACAAGCUGCAAAUAUUUGUCUCUUAAGGAUAAUAUGAAACAAGAAGAAAAGAAGUUUGUCAAAAACCCUGUUGAAACAGCACUCAACUAUAUUGCUCAUAUCUCUCAGGUAUGGACAUUCCAGAAGAGCCAGAUGGACCUGCUGGUCUCUUUCUACAAAAAUAAUGCUUCAAAAGCUGAAGGAGCACUCCAGCAAGCUCUCCACAAACUAACUAUCCAGGAAAAAGAACUAGAGGCUGUACAGAAGGAAAAUAGGGAACUGAAGAAGAAGUACUUCAACCUGAAGGCUUUUCCCAGAGAACACCAGGAUAGCAGAAACAACACCCCAAAGCCGGUUGCCAUCACUCCUCCCUCACAGACAGUUACACCACAACCAAUUUUCCAGCGCUCCAGUGAGGUGGUCAGCCGCUCAUCUUCUAUGGAUUCCAUUUCUUCCAGAGUCAGCCAUCCCCUCAGCUGGCAGCAUAGGAGAGCCAUCAGAACAACCCCGUCAGAUUUCUGUUUGAUCUACUCCUCACACCACCUUUUCCCCACAUACCUAUCCUUAAACUUCCCAUCACCUUUCCAUUUGAUCUCCACUAUUCAUUCCAGAUGUAACACCUUUACAUUCUAUUUGACAGCUACUCCAUCUUCAGACUCCAUGCAGAGCUUAUUCUACAGGUCCUCUCCUUUCAUUUCCCACACCCCCAGUUUCAAUGUCUUCAAUCUUCAAACCCCAAUGGCGAGUCAGAGUGCUAGUAACCCUGGGGAGCCACAAGAAACUCCAUACUUCAACCUCGGCAUCUUUCCAGAUCCAGCAGGUGCUUCUGUUCCUGACCACAAUGCUGAAAGACUGCGCUCCCUACAGCUGAGAUUCACACCUCACUCAACACCAUCCUUUCCCCACAGGUAUUCAUCCAUCAGCCAAAUCCACCAGCAAUAAUGGGGGUGGCCAAAGCAGCUGUUCUCUUAAACAUCAUCCUAAUGUAAGAUGCAAGAUAGACUCUUCUGUGCAGAUUUCCUGCAGUAUUUGAAUAUUUGAGCCUUAUUAAAAAGCAAUCAAUUAGUAAUUGAGUGAUGCCAUUAGGAGACUUGUUUUGAUUAAAAUUAUAUUUAAAUAUUUUUUGUGACUUGUA